GAUCUACACACUGCCCCCUCAAGGAUGACACAAAUCUCUGCAUUCGGCGAACUCAGGCCGCGAAAGGCCUCGGACUUGAUUCAAGAAAUUGAAGCGCUGGCCAAUUAUGUCGGGCGGUUCGAGUUUGUCCCCAACACAUCCGUGAUACUCGUCUGCCGGCAUGGUGCCAUUGAAGGCCUGACAGACAAAAUCCAUAACAAGAGACAAGAAAAGGCCUUGAGCCGGUGCAAAAAUCUCUCCAUCAGAGUGACGGACGAUAUUCGACUCGGCGCAGUCAUUUCCGCCGUCGAGAAGACCGAGUCAUACGACAACCUCAUCAUCAUCGUCAGCGGAUUCGUCGAUCAGUUGUACUUCAACGUCGGCUCCAACAUCACGGAUCUGAGGGUAUACCGGUGCGGAACUGAACUCAAUCAUGAAGGAUACCUCUAUGUCGAUGGCUUCUCAAACUUUCACGGACAGCCCAUUCUAAGAUGGGAAGCCAUGCAUCAUGAAGCCAAACUCUGGCUUGGGCCGGGCGUUGUACUCAAUCUCGGCUCCCACAUUGGCCAGUUGGGCAGAUUGUCAGACGAUUCGUCGUCCAUGUCAGACUUUGACCAAGAGAAGAUCCGCGCCAACAUUGAGAAGAUGGAAAACGUGGAGAUGGAAGGCAGCUGGUGGGACGCGUUCAAAGCCCCUAUUUCUGCCAUUGUCAGCAUCCUGGCAAGGGCCGCUAAACUUUCUCACGCCGGCUACAUCAAGAUGACUUCCAGUGGAAUGUUUGUGCAGUACAAGUUUGUCGGGUUUGCACUCUUCUCGGCUGCUGCAGCAGUAGCCGUGGACACGAUCUCCGCGGGAACCGCAUUGCUGGUUGCUCCAGGGGUGGCGGCGUCUAUUUACUUUAUCCCCUGGGAGUCUGUAUUCGGUUGGCUGAACAGGGUUAUUUCGUGGCUCAAGACUGGGAUCAAGAAGAUCUGGGACAAGAUCAAGGAUUGGCUGGCUACGUGUGCGAGCACGGUCCGAGACGCAUUGGGGCUUGAUGGGCGCUCACACGGUCCCGUCAAGUUCUCGGCUUGA